AUGGCUCUUCAAAUACCACGGCUGUUGCGCCAGCCCCGUGUGAACUUCAUCUGCAGGUCAUGUCUGAGCUUUCAUACCUCAUCCUUGCGGCUGUCAGGACAUAGCAAGUGGUCCACGAUUAAACAUGACAAGGCGAAGAACGACAAAGCCAAAAGCAAAGACCGUCAGGUUAUGAGCAAGGAAAUCAGCAGCGCAACGCAAUUAUGGGGUCCCGACCCGAAGUUCAAUCCUCGUCUAACCCUCGCCCUGUCAAACGCAAAACGAGCCUCAAUACCCAAAGCCAUUAUUGAAGCCGCCCUCUUACGGGGGCAGGGGCUCAGUGUAACAGGCCAGACACUCGAAUCGCUGACAAUUGAGGCAAUGCUGCCGGGUGGCGUGGCCGCGGUCGUCGAAUGUCAGACCGAUCAAAAGGCGCGUGUGCUCCAAGACGUUCGGUACUUGAUUAAGAACGGUGGAGGAACAGUAACGCCCACUACGUUCCUCUUUGAAAAGAAGGGAAGGGUUAUUAUGGAACAACAAGGCCUGAACAUGGAUGACUACCUGGAUCAAGCCAUUGAAGCUGGCGCAACGGAUAUCACGACUGAUGACAAGGGCCGUCUGGUGGUUUUCACCGACCCAUCGGAGACGAAGAAUGUGGGUGAGACAUUUUCCAAGCUUUCUGGGCUGACAAUUGAAGAGCGGGAGAUCUUCUGGGAUCCUAAUCAAGAGACCAUGGUUGACGUCCAGGAUGAACUUCAUGUCAAGGCUCUGGAGGAUCUCCUCGGGGCCCUGCGCGAUGAUCCCAGCGUACAGGAUAUUUAUCUCAACUCCUCCGAGAAAUUCUGA